AUGAACUUCGGCCUCGCCCGGAAGAUUGCUGUCCCGGGCUUCGUGCCGUACACCACGCGCAAGGGGCCCAUCCUGCUGAGUGGCUUCACCCCCGAUGACCGGGCCCGGGCUCUCCACCGGCCGGUGGUCUUCGCAUCGCAGAGUGGCUCGGCACACCAGCUGCUGGCCGACCAAAUCUUCGGCCAGCCUACCUCCCUCGGCCGGGUGCCGGUAUCGCCGCCGACCGUCUUCCCGCCGCGCGAGGCGGCCUCCUACCCGGAUGAGGAUGUUCCCCUGCCGGUGACCACCCGAGCAGUUGCCUCGUCCUCGGUGCAUGGCCACCGUCUGGCGCCAAUCUUCGCCGUCGGCGCUGGGCUGGCCGACUACGGUGUCCUCUCAUGCCGGGACCUGGACCUGGCCAAUGCGUAUCUCGCUCGCGCCGGGGCCAUGGCCGGACUGCUGGGCAUGUGCGAGCAAACCGAUCGCUCGGUGGGCGGCCAUCUGGCCCUGAGCUCCGGCCGGGUAAUCCUCCCGGCCCAUGCGACCGAGCAUGAUACCAUGCUGGUGCGUGACUGGGCCGAGCGCCAGAAUGCCACCCUGACCGAGGCCAUGCUCCGGCACUUUGAUUCGAUGUACCCCGCGCCGGCGGGCACCUCGGCCACCAACAGUGCCACCCUGGCGCCGGGCAGCAGGCCCCUCAGCCCGGUGGCUUGGGCCGGUGUGCCGGCCGCGGUGGCUGCCUGGUGGCUGCCGCACGCGGAGCGUCUUUUGGCCGCAGCAGCCGGGCACCCAGAGGCGGUGGCCGUCUUCCAGCCGCGCUUUGUCCCGGCGGCCGUGCUGAUCCCCCACUAUCGGCACUGGACCCUUACCGGCAUGGUUGCCCUCUUUUCGUCGCUCCUCUACCUGUUCAUCAUGGCCGUGGUGGUGAUGAUCAUGGUGCGCGUGCUUCGGUACAGUCUCCGGCAGUUCCGCGGGGCGGUCGCCGCACGGACCGGCCGGUAA